UUUGAGUGGAAAUGGCGGCGAGUGCGAAGCGCGGGAUGUGCAAUAGCGGGAGCUGGUGAGCAGCAGCAGCAUCAGCAGGAGGAGAAGACGACCCCGUGAGCUGGGAGUGCGGCCCUAGCACAAGCUCGAGCUGCUCCCCGCCCGCGUUCGUGUAGACGCGUCUCUUGCCCCUUCGCUUGCAAUAAGGCCAGAUUAGUGCUAGAGCCAAGGCGUCUGGGCGGCCUGCAGGUGGCAUGAGAGAGCUGCGGGCGCGUACCAGCAGCGGGCUGCUGCAGCUGAGUGCGGGCACCCGGCUCGCUCUGGGCACUGACGAGAGCGCGCAUGGAGCCCCUCUGCUGGGACAGUUUGCAAAAGAUGUGGGCGUGAGCUGGCUGGCUCGCGGUGCCGUGCUGGAGGUGUUGAGCCCGCGCUCCGGUCAGCGGCUGUCAGCGUACUGCUUCUCGGGGCCCAGCGGGGAGCUAGCCGUGUCGACUGUAAAAGGGCUGACAUGGGCUGGCGGGCGCUACUUGCUUGUGGGGCUAGAGAAUGCACAAAGGCACGAGGGGGUGGCAGGCAUUGGUGGUGAGGAGAGCGACUGCUCAGGCAUCGUGUGUCUGUACGACCUGGGAACAUCGCGCGUGACUCGUGCCAUCGAAGUUCCUGGCAGGGUGAAAGCCUUGGAGGUGGUGAGCAGUAGCGGCGGUGCCGAUGCCUCCACGCAGCACCUGCACCAAGACCUGCGAUGGCUGUUCGGGAUCGUGGCCGUGGCUACCCACACGGGGCAUGUGCUCCUACUCGAUUUGUGCCUGGACGACAUGUCCGAUGGCAGCAGUGAGGGCGACCCAAUGGGCCUCGAAGCAGUUUACGUAUCAGCAACGGGGUUGCCAGGGAAACGCGAGUCCGCUGGCAGAGAGGGGCGGCACAUUGGCCUGCAGCUGUGCGGCCCAGCUGCCUCGGCGGCGAGGGGGGAGGCUCGCGUUGGCUCAGCCCUCCUGUACGUGCAGCGCACCAAUCAGCUGGUAGCUGGCUUCUCCGAUGGAAACAUGCAAAUCUGGAACCUCGCCACGCUCAAAAGAGUGUAUCACACUCAGGUGGAUGGAGGUACAAUCCCUGUGAGUGCCUUUGCAUUCCAGGAGCCAGAGAAUGAUCCACGCAACUGCUGCUACCUCUGGGCGGCACAGUCUCUGCCUGACGUGGAUGGGGAGGUGGUGAGCUUGCAUCUCUUCCAGAUGCUCUUUCAAUCUCGUAAAUGCGUUCUUGGAGGCAAGGUCAUCUAUCAGGGCCUGAAGUACUGCGAGGAGUGCUACAGUCAGGAGCUGACGGACCAACUGUACCCUGCCCAGGGCUCCCCUGCGGGUAGCACCCUGCUGGGGUGCCAGGUGGUUGAGCGCUACCGGCACAGAGAAGACACAAUUCUCGAUGAAGGAGCCUUCUCCCCUGACAUAAGCGUGGCGGUGUUUGUGUGGGAGGCACAUUCCUUCAGGGCCACACAGCCUCUUGUUUAUCUGGGCAUCUUCGACAUUAACCGCUGGUAUCACGCCCAGAUGCCCAACUCCAUCAGGCUGGAGGACUCCAUGCAGGGCUGCAACUACUUCUCGCUGUGGUCGCUGGAGGCUCUGCGCGACGUGGCUGGGCCCUCUGCGUAUGUGCUGCAUAUGCUGGCUCUGGAGCGCAGCUUCAGCCAGGGCGUGCCCACCAUCCACCCGCCUCCAGAGCAAUUCUACUCCUCCACCUCCUACACCUUUGAUGUCACCUGCUUGAUGAACAAUGGAGUCGUGAACGUAACAUGCCCAGGACUUCAAACAGAGACCCUGAGUCAUCUGAGCCGUGCAUUGCUGCUGACAGCCGAGGGGCUGCAGGAGAGCUACAGCCGGUGCCGAGUAGCUGGGCUUCUGCCCUCGCGGCUCGCCAACACCACAGCCAACAACCUUUCAUGGGAGGAGAAAAUGGAGGCUGUUCUUUCUGUGGCACUGAAGAAAGGGAUUCUGGGAAUGAUAACAAGCUCCAUACGUGCCUGGGCAUCCACAGGUCAAGUUGAGUCCACGAGCAACCUUCGGUUCCUGUUGGAUUGGACUUGGAACAAAGUGGUGUCAACCAAGGAAAAACUGGAUCAAUUAUGCUUGCCACUUUUUGACGGCUCAUGCAACGCACUGGACCACCAGCGCAUGCAGGCACUACACGGCUGCCAACUGGUGCUACUACGCCUGUCCUCCUUGCUCGGCUGCUUCCUCUCAGAGGCACCAGCCCUCCUGCCAUGUGGUGUGGAGGACGUGGCUGGCAAGCAGAAGGUGGUGGGGCUGAUGGCGCAAUAUGCACAGGUGGUGUUCUGGUUCUGCCAUGCCGGCCUGCUGCCUGAAUCCCCAGAUGAAGAAGAGGAUGAUGCGGUUGGGAGGAAGGUGGUAUACCGAUGGAUGACCCUGCAACACUACUACAGCAUGCGCAGGCAACACCUGGCUCGGCUCGCCGGUGAUCGGUGGAAUGCCGACUGCCUCCUGAUCGAUGGCUUCGUGGCGGAGAUUGGGGAGAAGCUGCAGAGGCUUUGGAGAAGGGACGAGGGUGGCACCGGGCAAUACCCCCCACGCUCCCUACACGCCCUCCUGGACAUAUACCUACUGGAAGAUUUUGACUUCCAUACCAAGAACACCAUUGUGACGUACCUGCUCUUGGACGUGCAGCACUCGGGGCAGGAGCGGAGUGGCCCCACGCUCGAGUCCUUCCCGGCCUCCAUGGGGCUGCCCCUCGACCGCUUGCGCCUUGUGCACGCGUACUGGCUCCUCGACCACAAGGACUUCCAGGCUGGGCUGGAUGCCCUCUCCCACCCGGGCUGCCGGAACCCCCUCAAACCGUGGCAGCACGAGCGGGCGUUGCAUGCGCUGCUGAGCCAGCGCGAGGUAUCCCUCGCCCUGCGCUACCUCUAUCAGCUGCAGCCCCCCGUCAGCGGCACGACCGACGUUCUGCUUCACAUCACCAUCCUCCUCGCAAACAGGUGCGUGCUGGAGGCAUGGAACUUGCUGCAAAGGCACGUCCACAGAGACUCAGCCGGCGAGCUGCUGCAGCAUUUCUUCUCAACAUGCCUGGAGGGCGGCCUCAUGGAUCAGGUGCUGCGCCUGCCUUUCUCCCCAGCUGAGCAGGAGGUGCUGGAGCAUUUUCUGGACAGCAGCGAGCACCCGCUGGGCAAGGAGCUGCUCCUGGUCCACCACCUGGAGCACGCCAACUACCUCGCCGCCCUGCGCCUCGGGCACGGCAUGCCAGGCGUCCAGCCCGGCGAGCGGGACCCACGCGUGCGGGAGCGGGUGGCCGUGCGGCAGCUGAUGCUGGAGCAGUGCAGCAAGAUUCUGCCGCGCGUGACGCGCCGCCUGGCCUUCUCCGAGCGACCGCGGCCCUACCACCUCCUGCAGCACAGCACUCGUGGUGAGGAUGUGCCAAAGCCCCUCUCGACCGUGGUGCACCGGACGGGCGGGCAGGUGAUGUCGCGCGCCACAUUCCUCGGCGCUCUGCUGCGCAAGAUGCGGGAGGUGCACACAACGGGGGGCGACGCCGAGGGCGACGCGGGUGGGAGCACCCCAACCAGAGAAACAGAAGGUGGAGGUGUGGAGAGCAAUGAGCUGGAUGUGUUUCUGGACACACCCAUUCAGCGAAAAAGCACAAUGGAGGCCAGGUUGCAGCGCACCAUAGUGGCGCCGAGCCCCAUGGCGACGCCAUCUCGCAAGACCCCUGAGCGUUCGCCAGCUCCCCAGCUGGUGUCGCCUGCUGUUGGCUGGAGUUCAGCGAUGAGGUUGGGGAGGUUGUUGUCUCGUCGGCUCACCAGCCCGGGCACCGGCCAGCAGGCCACCGCCGCCACCAGCAGCAGCAGUGCCCGUGAACUGCUGCAGACCCCACCUAUCCUCAAGCGAGCGAGAUCCAUGGCCACCCGCGCAGAGGUGGACGGCUUCACGCCGCACUCCAUCCUGCGCAGCCGCCUACGCGCUACGCUCGCCGCGUCCGAGGUGCCUCCUGCCUCCCUGCUGCACCGCUCGAGGAUCUCCUUCAGCCUGGUGGACAAGGCCCCCACAGCCACGGACGUGGCUGCGCCAGCGGAUGGUCAACAGAAACCAAGUACAAGCGCCGCUGCCUCCAGGGCGUCCUUCCCAGUACCUGCACCUGGCCUGGAGAGGGUUUCUCACUUGGCAUUGAGCAGCAGCAGAAUCUCCUCUGCUGACGUGGGAGACCGCAACACCAGGCUGCUUGGAGACAUCACCAGCAGACCCAGCAUCCUGGACCGAAUCUCCAGCUCUCACUUCAGAUUCUCCACCACGCUCGGAGAUCAAGGAAGGGGAAGCUUUGGCACGAGUGAGAAUGGCCUCGGUGCAAGCACUUUGCAGAGGGAAGAGCCUGUGAUGGAAAGACAUUCACCUCAAGAGAGGCUUCACGAGACGGAGAAGUCGGAGGAGGAGGAGGACGACGAAGAGGAAGCAGGCCACGGGCAGCAUUCCGUCGUCCAGGAAGCGGCCGCCGGCAGGAGGGACGAGCACGCCGGCGAUCGAAGUCCCGCAACCCCCAAGGUUUCAACUGCCGUGGAGCCGGAGGACAAGAGCCUUGCGGAGUACGAGAACACAAGUGGCACGGUGGCAGAGACGUCAAGUAUCAACGCCCCAGAAGACUCCAUUAUCCUCGAGCUGGAGGACUCGGACGAUUUGAACGUGAAUGCACCAGAGUCGAGUGUGGACGAGCCUACGGAGGAAUACAUGUCCGCAGAGGAGCCCAUGGACCUUACGUCUUACGACGAUGAUGUUCCUAUCAGCAACGGGCCGCAGAAGGACGCACUGGCAAUGGUUGAGAUUGAGGCAGAAGUGCCGCAGUCAACCGUGGCCACAGACCCUGAGAACCUCGUCUCUGCAUUAACGAACAAGGAGGGCGAUUCACCCGACGACUCGUCGAACGAUGCCAACUCCACAGUGGAUUUGUCCAAGCUCUGCUACGUCUCCUCGGAGGAUGAGGAGGAUGAGGAAGAUGAGGAGGAUGAGGAGGAUGAGGAAGAUGAGGAGGAUGAUGAGGAUGAUGAGGAUAAUGAGGAUGAUGAGGAUGAGAAGUCAGAACAAGAGCAGGAGGAGGAGUCUGAGCAAGAGGAGGAGGCUGAGCAAAAUGAUGACGAUAGUGAGAUCACUUUCAAACCCUGCCACAGAGAAGCCAUACUUGCGAUUUCCAAAAGCGCUACAACCCAAGCUGUGUCCUCUGCUGGCCAUGAAAAUCGAAGUCACGCAGUGGAAGUGCUGGAGGUGAGGGAAGAAGCCAUUGACCUGGCCCUCCCCGCUGCUGCAGUGGUUGAAGAAGAAGAGGUGGAGCCUCUGACAGGGCCUGAACCUGUGUCCACCAUGGCUCCGUUUCCCGUGGAGGUUCGAGUCGAGGAUGCACAAAAAGUUGAGGUGGAUGUUCCAGAGAUGGACAAAGAGAGGCAAGAGACGUUACCGGACAUUGCUGACACAUCCGAGACCAACUCUACUUGUGACAUCAGAGCGCCUCGGGUGAAGGAAGUUGCAGCUGAAGAGUCGAAGGAAAAGGAAGAGGCUGCUACCACAAACACAAGUGUGAGCGAGGCAUGUGAAGGCGAGGAGUUUGAUGAUGAUGAUGCAGACCUAGCACUGCCAGAUUUGGAGGAAUCUACCUCAUCUGUGGAGGUUUCUCUAAAGAAACAGUCAAAUACCAGAGCAAAGAACAAAUCCAAUUACACGCAAGUUAAAGAUAAACAAACUCCCACGCGAAGAUCAGCCAAUAAAACGUCAACUGCCAAGCGUGUUUCAGGUGCAAAAGAUUAUUCUGAACAAUUGUCUCUGUCUGGUGAUAAUCAAGGAAGUGUGAGGACGAGUCUUCGCCGCAAGGGCAGGAACGUGACCACUGCCAACGAGCGUGAGGGUCACGUGGACAGCACGGCUGCAUACGACUCCGUGCCAGCUAUCGCCGAGCAGCCGGAAGCUUUGACGUUGACAAAAACCUCCGAAACAGAUUUCGCUCCCGAUUUGGCUGCAAGCGACGUACCCAGAAAGCGUCGCAGUCGGAGGCUCCUGCAGGCGUCUCUGGUCGAAUCGGUCGAAGACCACCCGACCACCGAAACUCCGGUGACGCCCUCGCGGGCGCUGCGACGCGGCAGACGCUCAAACCUCAGGCCCCUGCCGGAGGUGUUGGCCGAAACCCUAGCGGAUGAUGCCACCAAACCCGAGGUGCAACCGGCAACUCCCCUCGGCUCGGCCAGCGCCACGCGCUUUGAGUCGAAGCGGGCCCUCCGCUCGGCGAACAAGAGCAGCCGCACCUUGCCUGCCAUCUCGCCCGUCCCGGAGAACGCAGACGGCGGGGAGACUGUGCCGAAGCCAAGGCGCGGCCGCAAGAGCGCAAAGGCAGUGGACGUGUCCCUUGGUGUCGCCGACACGCCGGCGGCACCCGGUACCGUGAGCCGGGAGCCCUUCGAGUUCUCGCCUCCCAUCAGACGAUCCACCAGAUGCAUCGAGAAGGCCACGUUGCUCGACAAGUCACAAAUCGAGCUGCCCGAAAGGCCCACUGUGGUGGACUACGGCUUUUCCUCACCAAAUACUCGGAUGCGACAAUACAAGAAGUUACGGACCCCUGAAAAACAGCCGCAUGUGGAUGUGGCCACCGAAGAAAUAGUGGAGAUGAAGAUGCCACCCAUGGAGGACGAUGAGCCCAUUCCUGUGCAAGAGGCAACAGUACGGCAACGCCUUCCAAGGAAAGCCAAGAAAGCCAAAAGGAAGACAGAGUGGGUGCCUCCUGAGAUCGAGCUGAACUUGAUCUCUCCGCCCGUCACGCCCGCAUUCCCGAAGUCCUCGGUGCGGAAGAGGGGGCUGCAGGAGACAGAGCCGUCACUGCAGAGUGCCGAGGAGACGUCAACGGCCCGCACAGGCCUGCGACGGUACACGCGAAACGCCUUUGGCCGUUCCAGGAGCCGUGUGAAGCUUUGAGUGGGUCCCAGCAGUGUUUUAGAUUUUCUUAAAUUACUGUACUGUACUAGAAGUUGUUAGCUAAACCACCAAGGAAGGUGUUUAUAACUGACAUCAUUAUUUUGCUGCUGGUGUAAUUUCAUUUCUUGUGUAAAAGAGCCAUCAACGUCACCGUUAAAUAUAACAUGUACCCCGGAAAUGAUUCUUUUGAUGGCUUUAAAGUUGGAACCGUUGAAAGGAUAAUAUUUUCAUAUGCUUAUAUUUUAUUGCUGUAUAAAAGUGUUUGAUUUACAACCAAGACAGCCAUGGGAAAUAAAUGCAAGAUAAUGUUUAAUAGGUGACAUUUUAUUUUUAUUAUGCCAAAUGUCAAGUCCCGUUUUCAAUAGGCUUUGUGCAUUGAUCAUAUUUUUGCAUUCAACAAGAUCUAAUGUUGGGUGUCUUUUUUUUCCUAAAUUAAAUCAAAUUCAAGGAAGGGUGUCACUGUUCAAAAGGAUGAAAGGUACCUGGUGAAAAUACACUGCAAUUGCCCAUGGGAAUUUGACCACUUUGGUAUAUGCAAAUCCUUUAUUGUAUAGAAUUUGUACUUUGCAUAAUUCUAAAACUUUUCAAGGACUUGUUUGUUUAUAUGUGUAAAUUAUUGAGUGUCUUGCAGUUUUUUCUGCAAUUUGUGAACAAGUUGUUUUGUACGUGGCUGACAUUUGUGUACAUUUUAUUGAAAGAGGCAUUUCUGAAAGAUGAAAAUCUAUACUUGAUCUAAGUCGCAAAUAAAGCUUUAAGAAUUAUCACCUUA